UGUGGGCACACGCGUUGCCUAUCCAAUUGGCUGCGCUCCGGAGAUUCCGGAUGUGCUAAAAAACACACACACGAGCGUUAUAUGCGGUGACGUGUUUCGCUCAAUCGACUGCAAUUCAUCGAAGAAUGUUUCCAGUAUCAAACCGAAUGAAUUCAAUCAAUACGCUGGGCAUAUUGUAUAGAAGGAAAUGGAAUUUUAAAUGGAAAACUCUCGCGUGUUCCUCGUAGAUUAUAUGUGUACCCCCUUUAAAGAAAAUAUGGUCAGCCCCCAUGUAAAACGGCCUGACAUAUUUUGUUUUUCCGAAUAAAAGAGUAGAGGGUGGUGGAGAGGGUUGGUUAAAAAAAGGAAAGAUUCACUCCACCACCUUAUUUUUUUGUAUUUUUUCUUUGUGCCCAAAGAAGUGGAAGGUGGAGGAGGUUCUCGACUUUGGAAUGGUAAGAGGGCGGGGCCUUCUUGUAGCACACUGUGGCAUUCGGUCUCGUGUGUGUGUGUUAAGAAAAAAAAAUUUUCUUUCUCUCUCUUCGGUCUGUAACUUUGGUUUGCCUUUACCUAACCUAUUCCUCCUCCUCUUUUCCCCCCUUCUUCGCUCCCCCACCUUUGGAUUCCUCAACCACCUCUGAAGACAACAAGAAAGUGGAAGUUUAAGGCAGGAGGAGUGUACCCCCCCUUUAGGGGAAGAAGAAAACGAGUCAAAAGUAGCCGAGCCGUCCGACUGGGCUAGCAGUUGUAUGUUGGUCGCCGUUCAUUCAAGACUGUCAUCGGUUUGUGUCGUUAAAUUCCUCUUUUUAACCCGUUACAGCUGAUGCUCGGUCACGAUAGACUUCUCGUCGGCCAAAACAGGAGUUGAGAGAGAGAUAAAAACCACCGUCCACCAAGAGAACUUGAAUCUUCUGUUAGUUUUUCUUUCUUUCCUGGGUUAUUGAACUCAUCUUACCCCAGUCCGAGCCGUUUAUUUAAUUUCGCGUGACCUUUUCAAGUGUGUGUUUGUGUAUCCCAUCUGCUGCUGCUGUUUGUCAAGUGACGAUCCAGACAUUCCUUCACCAGUCCACUGACUGACUGGUCAAAGUACAGCCGGAACGACGAAAAAAUGGCGCCUAUUCAUCAGCGGAUGGACAGGUAUCACGACCUGCCGCCUCCGCCGCCGAUUCCGCUCAAGUUGAAGCCGAAAACGUUGAAGAAAUUGUCGCAACAGGCAGCCAGAGGACAGCCGCUCUACUUGAUUGUCGGUCCUCAUGCUGCGGCCGCUGCAGCUCCGCGUCCCAUGGGCGGAUCGAUGCAUCCGCCGCCAUUGCCACCCCAUCCGCCUCACGCAGGACAUCCUAAUCAGCAUUCAUCGCGUAACUUUGCCGUUGUUCAUCCGCGAAUCGAACGUCAGCAGAGAAUGCCGGGAAUGCCCGGACCAGCCAACAGCGUCGGAACGGCCGCGUCCGGCAGUGACUCGAUGAAAAGUAUGAGUUUUUCUUCCGCCCAAGGCAUGAUGGACAGCCAGAACCGAUUCCGUCCCGACAACUUUAACCUGCGCCUACGCGCCCAUCAGCAGCUGUUCCCGUGGAACCCGCACAAUCAGAGCAAUCAGAGCCACAGCAGCAAAAGUUCGGCCAAUUGGGUGAGGCAUUUGACCAGCGACGACGACGUCGAAGAAGAAGAAGAAGAGGAGGAAGAAGAAGAGGAAAUCAGCGCCGGCAAUCGUAAUAACAAUAAAGUAGACAUCUCCUCAUUGGAUGCUGUGACUCCAAGGGCCAGCAGCGGUGUCCGACCCGAAUACCAGCUCGGCCCAUCCGACCGCAACGCCCGCCUCGUCGGAGAGAUUCAAUUGAGCUCACGGGUGGCCUCCAUGACCAUAGCCGAUGUCAGCCCUCGAUUUGCCUUCAAGAAAAUUAUGAUGCUGUCAGAUAACAAGCAAUACCGCGAAUCUGCCAAUUUUAUUAACCGGCUAAGUGGUGGCACGUUCGGCGUCAUCGUCCACGACUUGCCCGUCGAUCAGUUCAUCGAGGCCAUGCCGCAAUCGCUGCCCAUCAUCGAGUCUCUGUACACUAAAGUGUUUCUGUCGGACGGAAUGACUCGCAACUCUAUCCAGUUUCUCCGUCCGGAGAACGUCGUCCAGCAGAUGGUCAAGUAUUUCGCUCACCAGGAAGAUCAUCCACCUGCGCCCAAUGGAGGAUCAGCGACCGGUUGGCCGCCAAAUGUCUGGCGUUGGGACUACUGCGGUCCGUUCAUCUCCAGCUGCAAGAAAUUAUUGCGCGUCAUCGUCCUCACCGAGCCCAAGAUCCGCAAAAGUCUGUUCCAGAAGCGCCGGGCUCUGAGCAAAGCCAUCGAGGGCUUGGGCCAGCACGGACUGGUUGGCACUUCGGACGAGAAUCUCAUGAAUUUACACGAUGCCUUACAGGACGAGUUCAAUCGUGUGGUGCAAUCGUACAAGAGCGCCCUGGACAAGAUGGUAGAACUGGAAUUGGCGCAGAAGAAAGGCGCAAACCGGACGGUAUCAAACGGGCCGGCUCCUAUCGCCGCCUCGCAUCAGCGCCUUUUGUCGUUGAAGCAAUCGGAAAUCCAGGAGCGACUCAUAAAAAACAAGACGCUGCUGAAUGUCGUUGAGCCGACUUUGACCAACCACUCGCUGGACCUCUUCCUGGGCAUCCUGCAGCGACGCAUCGAACUCGACAAGGAAGCCCUGUUCCAGUUCAGCCAGCUGAAACGUGACCAGCCCACCAAACCGGGCGAAACCACUCCGCACAUCGUCAUCGCUCCCAUCCUGAUGAAAUACUCGCACGGAUGCCAACAGGUUUUGGAUCUGAUGAGAGAAGUGAGUUCGGAUCAGGGCCACCAAGAUGAAGAUUUGGAAGAUUCCAGCGACGUUUCGGGCUAUCAUUCGGACUCUGAUUCGGCGGUGAUGAUGUCGGGCAAUUCACCUUUCGUAUCCAACAGCGCCCGCUACAAUUUCCUUUCGCGAUCAGUUCGGUUGGGGAGCCGUGCGAGCAUCCGGGCGUCGUUGCUCGUCAAUUCGCUGGGAUUGGAAGCGGUCGAGAUCAAAGGGCAGAACGGUCAGGGCCAAGGCCAAUCCAGAAACGGCCGUCGAAUGCUGAUGGCUAAAGCUAAAAACUCGUCUUCAAUGUCAUCGUCGACGGGCUCGAAUUCGCCCAGCAGCGAACGGGAGAUCGACUACCGUUCGAGUGGAAUUUCAUCUGGAACCGGAUCGCCCGAUUCCCGGCAGGCUCUUGCGAAAGAUGGAGGUCGUCUGACCACUACCACCACGACGACGACGACUACGACUCCUCCGUGUCAGCGGUGCCAAGUUCAGAAUUUGAAUAACACGAUCGUCGGCACCCAUGGCGUCGACCCGGGACUACAGGCCGAAUUGGAAUCCAUCAAAGCCGAGAUGAACAAAGCCAAUGCAACGAUAUGCGCCCUUCAGGAACGCGAGAAGAAAAUGAAAGCCAGCAGGAUGGCAAUCCAAGCCCAGAAGAUGGUGGAACGAGGUGUGGGGCCCAGCAAAUUCGAAUCGACUUCGACCGAGCAGCGAUCUGAGCUGAUUCAAAAUUACGGCGGGCUGUACACUCAGUCGCGCGUCGAAACGCUCGAUUACCUCGACAAAUUGGAAGAGCUUCGCGGCGCCGAUGAGCUCAAAUCCAAGCUGCUUUUCUCCGUCAUUGUGUUGGCGUUCCGUUCCUUGCAAGCUACAUCGACCCAAAUGAAGGAUCACAUCAAGAGAAUCUUGCAGAUUCCGCCGGGCUCGACGCAUCAGCCCAUGAAUAAUAACAGCGCCCUAUAUCUACCGCCACCUCCUCCACCGCCGCCGUCAAUGUUGACUGCGCCAUCGCAUAAUAAACGCCAGAUCACGCCGCCCGCUAAGCCGACCAAGCCGGCCAAACCAUUGCGCAAAGAGCGCAAUCCUGGAUUUGAGGUGGAACAAGCCGUGGCUUAUUAUCUGAGGGAGUCUGUCGCCACGUUUGAUCUGACCAAAAACACAGAGGAUGUUUGCAAUCAAAUCUGGGCAACUUUGUACGAUUAUCCUUGCCUUCGCUCUUGCGACCCGCUGGUCAAAUACAUCAAGGACUCGGUCCGUCUGGCUUGGUCCCUUGUUAAUCAGUCACCUCCAUAUGUGCUUGACUACGAGGCCAGAAGUUUCAAUGCCGACUAUCACAUCCGCUUCCAUACUUCCGAUCCCAACGACAAUUCCAUCAAGACCUACCUGUGGCCAGCGCUGGUCGAAGGCCACAACGGACCAUGCCUCCAGAAGGCCGUAGUUAUCACCUAAACGAUAACAGCAGAUUAGACAAGGUGCUCCAAAACCUGCUGAAACGAAAUUUGUAACUUGACAAGUUGGAACUUUUGCCCGCCUUCUACCCGCAUCUAAAACUAUCUAGUAUAUAAUUACUACGUCUUUCCUUCUAUCUAUGGAUAACCUUGAUCUGUCGGAUUCUGAUACUGUAUAUCUUUUUGUUUUUCUUAAUUAUGUAUACUUUUUACAUUUAAAAUAUUUUUCUUAUUAUGCUCGAUCCAUCAUUUUACGUUUUUAAAUUUUUACUAUUCAUCAUAAUAUCAUCAGUCAGUCUGGAUAGCGGGAUUGAUUCUGUAACAAUUUAUCCCAUUUUUUCUAAACCAACUAUUUUAUUACGUGAUUGUAAUCAAAAUUCCACUGUAAUCAACGAAAUUAUUCUUCUUCCUCUACCCGUGAAAUGACGAUUGAUCACGAAAUCUGAUGGGCAAUCCAGAUUGGCUUCUUGACGUCAACCAGGAACAUUUACCGAAAGACGCCCCUUUUGGGGCUCUUUAUUUGUUUUUUAAUUAUUUUUCUAAGGCAGGUAAUUCCCCCGUUUUAUACAUACAAAAAAAAAAAAAAAAAAAAACAUAAUUAAUUUUAUAUAACGCAUUUGUAUCAAACCAAGUUUCUCGUCUUAUUAUAUCUUGGCGCUGUUGAAUGUAAUACAAAAGCUCCUUAUUGUAUUCCCCA